AGAAUUCAAGGAUAUUGUGAGCUAAUCUUUCCACGAGUAAAUUACGACCCAAUUUGAGGUACUGCAACGAGUGCCUUAUCACUACCAGAGACCAAAUCAGCAAAUUUUCCUCACACCCAGGAACCCCGCGCACCUUUUUCUUCAUGGCCCAGACACGAAAGCUGGUCACGGUAUAUGGAGCCACCGGUAACCAAGGCCGGUCGGUGGUGAAGUCUUUGCUCCGCGCUCCAGAUUCCUUUGAAGUGCGGGCAAUCACUCGAGAUCCCAACUCCGUUGCAGCGCAGGAACUCUCUACUUUGGGAGCUAGUCUUGUCCAGGCGGAUGGGUCCCAGAGUAACCAGAUGACCGAGGCCUUCCAAGGAUCGUGGGCGGUUUUCCUAAAUAUCAAUUCGGACGACCCGGUCUUUUGGGAUCCUAAGGGUCCCACCGAGUUUGAUUAUGGCAAAAGAAUCAUAGACAGUGCCAUCAUGGCUGGUGUGAAGACUUUGGUCUACAGCACCGGAGCGGCCUGUACGGAGCUAACCAAGGGCACGGUUUCUCUCCGACAUCUUGACACGAAGAACCAGAUUGAGAUGUAUGCUCGUUCCACGGGAGCCUUUGAAAAUCUUGUUCCCAUCAUCCCGGGGUACUUUCUAGAGAAUUUCCUUUUCAAGCAGGGCGCAUUCAUCAUGGGGGGAUUCCCAUGGGAGACUGAUGCGGAGGGAUAUUUGACAUGGAAGGUACCGUACUGGGGUGGUGAUGAGCGAAUCCCCUUCCUCAGCGUUGCGGAUGACUUCGGCGAUAUUGUUCACGGCAUCCUCAUCUCCCCGUCAGAGUAUCAUCUUCAGGUAGUGCAAGCCAUGAGCGAGAUCACGGAUUACCAUAAAAUGACAGAGGCGUUCGCACAAGUGACUGGGAAGAAAACACGGUUCCAGCCGGUACUACCAACCUGGAAGGCGUUUGAUGCCUCAGGAAACCAAGGAUUUGAGGAUGUGAAAUCCAUGUUCGGAUUUACUCAAGAGACCCAAGGGCACUACUUUGGUCGAGAAGCCACAGAUGAUCAGGUUUCCAAGAAUCUCAAAGCGAGAGCUGUCUUGGAUUAUAAAGAAUCGCAGCAAUCGUCCUCUUUGAAAACCGUUCGCGCUUGGUUUGCACGGGAGUUUGCUGCGUGAUCUGUCCAUGUAGCUGCUCAGAAAUAGUGCGCCUCCUUUUACACACCACUUUUCAUAUAGACCUCUCUUCAUCUCUGUCAUGAUGUUGUUCGUUAUUCGGCCAGUCAUCCGAUGAUAUGUAAGCCCAAGCGGUGCCACAGAAUCAAGAUUGUGUGACGUAGGCACUCGUACUACAUCCCUACUUUGCUUUUCAUUGUAUUUUCU